GAAGGGAUCUGGAUAUGGUGACCGCAGAGCUCAGAACGGACGGAGAGGAGGGCAGGGAAGAGACGGCUUAGUCUUAUACAAAACCCUCUUCUACACCCCAUGCAUACGACUGGCUACCAUACCAUGUCAGCCUGCGACCGUCCUUGGGUUUUCGUCCGAUUGGUAGCCUGCGUUCCCCCUCUACGGCACUCGCACGAAACCAGAAGACCAAACACACGCUGGACAGGAGAAUGCCCGCCGGCCGUUCAGCGAAUGGUUCUUCAGAUGGCAUGUCUCAUUCCCCUCUUCCGCUACGCUGCGACUGGCCGGCAUAGUCCGCCAGCAACGCUGUUUCAAGCUCUCGCUCUCGACUCUCUCUUGGGAAAGGACGGGACUGAGUUAGAUGAUGAUGAGAGAGGGAAACCCAAAUGCCCAAAAAGGCAUCUGCCGCCAACUCAGAUGGCCCUCGACGGUAACCACCACGUCCUGUCUUGGCUCGAGCUCUGUUUCCCCGUCAUGCAUCUGUUUGAUCUCUCGGUAGUAUCUGGCGUCGACAAAUCAAAUCGCAAUGGUCUGAAUCUCGACCAAGCGUUACGAAAACGACGACAGUCUUUUUUUUUUCUUUCUUCUUUUUCUUUUUCGGGUUUUUCCCCCCCAUGUUGAAGAUAUCUGUUCCCCGCUAUCGACAUGAUGUAUUAUCUCCCGCCCCGGGAAGUGGGCGGGAAGCGCCGUGUCAAAGAAAAAAACA